AUGACAGCUGAGAAGAGUGGGCCCGUUAUAAACGGUAAACCAGAGGAUGGCAGAGACCCCGAAGGGUCCAGCUCCAGCUUAGACAACGGGGAGUACAAUGAGAGGGGCCACUGGAACAACAAGAUUGAGUUUGUCCUGUCUGUGGCUGGAGAGAUCAUCGGGCUGGGCAACGUCUGGAGGUUUCCAUACCUCUGCUACAAGAAUGGAGGAGGUGCAUUCUUCGUUCCGUAUGUCAUCUUCUUUGUGUGCUGCGGUAUCCCCGUGUUUUUCCUGGAGACUGCCCUGGGUCAGUUCACCAGUGAAGGAGGCAUCACGUGCUGGAGGAAAGUCUGCCCGCUGUUUGAGGGGAUUGGCUAUGCAACGCAGGUGAUUGAAGCUCAUCUAAACGUGUACUAUAUAGUGAUCCUAGCCUGGGCAAUAUUCUACCUCUUCAACUGCUUCACCACUGAGCUGCCUUGGGCUGGCUGUGGGCACUACUGGAAUACAGAGAACUGUGUUGACUACUAUGGAGAAAAUGCCACCAACAUCACAAACCCCAACGCAACCUCUCCAGUCAUUGAGUUCUGGGAACGCAGAGUACUGAAGAUAUCAGAUGGUAUUGAGCACAUGGGGGGAAUGCGCUGGGAGCUGGCCAUGUGUCUGGCCCUGGCCUGGUUCAUCUGCUACUUCUGCAUCUGGAAGGGGCCCAAGUCAACUGGCAAGGUUGUAUAUGUGACAGCUACGUUUCCUUACGUCAUGUUGUUGAUCCUGCUAAUCAGAGGAGUGACGCUGCCAGGAGCAUAUGACGGCAUCAAGUUCUACCUCUACCCAGACAUUUCACGUCUCUCGGACCCUCAGGUAUGGGUGGAUGCAGGAACCCAAAUCUUCUUCUCCUAUGCCAUCUGCUUGGGCUGUCUCACUGCUCUGGGAAGUUACAAUGCCUACAACAAUAACUGCUACAGGGACUGCAUCAUGCUGUGUUGUCUGAACAGCGGCACCAGCUUUCUAGCAGGUUUUGCUAUCUUCUCUGUGCUGGGCUUCAUGGCCUACGAGCAAAAUGUUCCCAUCGAAGCUGUGGCAGAAUCUGGUCCCGGUCUUGCAUUUAUUGCAUACCCUAAGGCUGUUACUAUGAUGCCUCUGUCUCCACUUUGGGCUUGUCUCUUCUUUAUGAUGCUCAUCUUCCUCGGCCUGGACAGUCAGUUUGUGUGUGUGGAGAGUCUAGUGACAGCUGUGGUGGACAUGUACCCAGAGACCUUCAGGAGAGGCUACCGCAGAGAGCUGCUGAUUCUCGGCAUGUCUAUAGUCUCCUUCUUCAUAGGUCUCAUCAUGUGUACAGAGGGAGGGAUGUACGUCUUCCAGCUGUUUGACUCGUAUGCUGCCAGCGGGAUGUGUUUGCUGUUUGUGGCCAUAUUUGAGUCCAUAUGUAUCGGCUGGGUGUACGGUAGUGACAGAUUCUACCUAAAUAUUGAGGACAUGAUUGGCCACAAACCUGUCUUCUUCAUCAAAUGGUGCUGGAUGAUCUUGACCCCGGGCAUCUGUGCUGGAAUUUUCCUUUUCUUCCUGAUUAAAUACAAACCGCUCAAGUACAACAAUGUGUACACCUACCCUGACUGGGGCUAUGGUAUCGGCUGGUUCAUGGCCAUGUCCUCGAUGGUCUGCAUCCCUCUGGGCAUUAUCUGGAUGAUCUGGAAGACUCCUGGCACCUUCUCAGAGAGGAUGAAGAAGUUGACAACUCCCAGCCCAGACCUGAAAAUGAGAGGGAAACUUGCCGCCCUCAGUCCUUAUGCUGCCAACGACGCAAAACUUAAGGUUGAUGGGAAAAUAUCCACCAUCUCAGAGAAGGAGACGCAUUUCUAACUGACCGCCUGACUGACCGACCAAGCUGCCUGCCGUCCUGACAAGAAGUCUGACAAAUGAAAGCUACAGAAAACAACAACAACAGUAUCCACCACUACACAAAAGA